ACUUCCGGCGCGUGCGUCCGGCGUCCGUCCGCCGCGGGAUGGCGGCUCUGAGGAGUUGGGUGACUCGGAGCGUAACCUCUCUGUUCAGGUACGGACAGCGUUUUCCUGUCUCGGCUAACUCUAAGAAACGCUGUUUCUCAGAAUUGGUAAAACCAUGGCACAAAACUAUGUUGACUGGAUUCGGUGUGGCACUGUGUGCGGUUCCUAUUGCUCAGAAAUCGGAGCCUCAGUCUCUAAGUAACGAAGCGUUGAUGAGGAGGGCUGUGUCCUUGGUAACAGACAGCACCUCUACCUUUCUGUCUCAAACCACGUAUGCGCUGAUUGAAGCAAUCACCGAGUAUACCAAGGCUGUUUAUACGUUAGUGUCUCUGUAUCGACAAUAUACAAGUUUACUUGGGAAGAUGAAUUCCCAGGAGGAAGAUGAGGUGUGGCAGGUGAUUAUAGGAGCCAGAGUUGAGAUGACUUCAAAACAGCAGGAGUACUUGAAGCUGGAGACCACGUGGAUGACAGCAGUCGGCCUUUCAGAGAUGGCUGCAGAGGCCGCCUAUCAAACUGGAGCAGAUCAGGCCUCCAUAACUGCCAGGAAUCACAUCCAGUUGGUGAAGUCACAGGUGCAGGAGGUGCGCCAGCUAUCCCAGAAAGCGGAGACCAAGCUGGCUGAGGCACAGACACAAGAGCUGCACCAGAAAGCACAGGAAGCGAGUGAGGAGGGGGCUGACCAGGAAGAGGAGGCCUACCUGCGUGAAGAUUGAGGGCUUGAGCCCAGUGCCCUGUUCCAUCCACUCUGGGGAAAGCAGGGGAUGGCAUCCACCUAAUGUCAUCCUAACUGCAGAAGCUAACAGGUUCUGCCAUUGACAGUCAGACCAGAGCUUUUUGUGGGCUGUGUCUGGCCCCUUCUCUCUGCUCGCAGCCUCUCUGGCAUGGUUCAGCCCUGCCCCUCAGCACAGCUCCUCUUGCUGAUCUUUUACCUCACACCCAAAGCAGUUCACCAACCUGGGCCAACGGCAGAGGGCCUUUUCUGCCACACCCUUAAGUUCAAUAGCUGUUUAACUACAGUUUUUAACGUUACUCUGAUGUUCAAGUGUGAUUUAGUGCUUGCUCCUCCACAGGGAAGGGGGAGCUCCUUGUCUGGUUUGUAACAUUUCUUGUGUUUAUAAUGUCCUUUCUCCCUGUGAGCACAGCUCAGCUCAGGAGUUACUCAGAGUGUGAACAGUUCACCUGGUGCUCCCCCACAGGAACUUCUCCAACACGUGCUUCUUGUUCCUUCAGUCUUUGAAUUUCUCUGCUAUAUCCAAAGGAAGUUUGGUGUUUGCAUUAAAAAAAGAAAAAAAAAAAAGUCUCUGGCUGUCAUGUAGCCUCUUUCCUUCACUGCCUAGGCAGUGGGAGGUGCAGGGCCCUGGGCUCCUACGGCUUCCUGGCAGCAUACACUCCCACUCAGCACAUGCAGGACAAGCUUGCCAGGUUUCAGCACUUUUAAUCAAAUAAGGUUGGUAGCAUUAUAAAAAUAAAGGUGGUUUCCUGCUGACCA